AUGGCGUCCGCGGGGUCGAACACCAUUAAGGUGGUCGCCCGUUUCCGUCCCCAGAACAAGGUGGAAUUAGGCUCUGGCGGUACACCGGUUGUCGAAUUCGAAAAUGAAGAAUCAUGUGUUAUCAAUUCACGAGAGGGCACGGGCUCCUUCACCUUUGAUCGUGUGUUUCCGAUGGGCUCAGCUCAAGCCGACAUCUUCGAUUUCUCUAUUCGCCCCACUGUGGACGAUAUUCUAAAUGGAUAUAACGGAACGGUUUUUGCGUACGGUCAGACAGGUGCCGGAAAGUCGUAUACAAUGAUGGGUUCCGACAUCGACGACGAGGAGGGAAAGGGUAUUAUCCCUCGUAUUGUCGAGCAGAUCUUCGCCAGCAUCUUGACCAGCCCGAGCAAUAUCGAGUACACCGUGCGCGUGAGCUACAUGGAGAUCUAUAUGGAGCGUAUUCGCGAUUUACUGGUACCGCAGAAUGACAAUCUGCCUGUGCACGAGGAGAAGUCCCGCGGAGUCUACGUGAAGGGACUGUUGGAAGUAUAUGUGUCGAGCGUGCAAGAGGUCUAUGAAGUGAUGCGCCGUGGUGGAAAUUCGCGCGCUGUGGCGGCCACCAAUAUGAACCAAGAGUCCUCUCGCUCACACUCCAUUUUUGUCAUCACUGUCAGCCAGAAGAAUCUUGAGACCGGGUCUGCGAAGAGCGGCCAACUCUUCCUAGUUGAUUUGGCCGGUAGUGAGAAGGUCGGCAAGACUGGAGCAAGUGGACAGACAUUGGAGGAAGCCAAGAAGAUUAACAAGAGUUUGAGUGCUCUAGGAAUGGUCAUCAAUGCGCUGACGGACGGAAAAUCAACUCAUAUUCCGUACCGUGAUUCGAAACUCACUCGAAUUCUGCAGGAGUCGCUAGGUGGUAACUCGCGAACCACCUUGAUCAUCAACUGUUCGCCGAGUAGCUACAACGACGCAGAGACCGUUUCGACCCUACGGUUUGGUGUACGAGCCAAGGCGAUCAAGAACACUGCCAAGGUGAAUGCGGAACUGAGCCCGGCUGAAAUGAAGCAGCUUCUACGCAAGGCUCAGACACAGAUGACCACAUUUGAGAGCUACAUUUCUGCACUGGAGAGUGAGAUCAAUGUGUGGCGUGGAGGUGAGAAUGUUCCUAAGGAUCGUUGGACCCCAGCUCGUGGGAACGAGGUUGCCAGUGCUGCUGCCAGGGCAGAGGCACGCGCUUCUGCCGCUCCCCGACCAGCUACGCCAUCAUCGCGGUUGCAGGAGACUGCCCGUUCCGAAACCCCACGCCCAGACUCUCGCUUUGGAGAUCGCUCAAGCACUCCCAGCCUGGUGUUGGAGAAAGACGAGCGAGAGGAGUUUCUUCGCCGCGAGAACGAAUUGCAGGAUCAAAUCGCUGAGAAGGAGUCGCAUAUUGUCAAUGUUGAACGCGGUCUCCGUGAAGCGCGAGAGGAACUAAAGUCCAUGAAAGAGAACGCCGGGCGCUCGGGCAAGGACAACGAUCGAUUGAAUACUGAACUGAAUGAGUUACGCAUGCAACUUGAAAAGGUCUCCUACGAGGGCAAGGAAGCGGCAAUCACCAUGGAUGGCCUCCGGGAGGCUAAUUCCGAACUCACGAGCGAGUUGGAUGAGGUAAAGCAGCAACUUCUCGAUGUUCGCAUGCGGGCCAAGGAGACCACGGCCGCGCUCGACGAAAAGGAGAAGAAGAAGGCCGAGAAAAUGGCAAAGAUGAUGGCCGGGUUCGAUCUGGGUGGUGAGGUUUUCUCAGACAAUGAGCGCAAGUUGCAGGAUCUGAUCCAGCGCGUUGACGUGCUCCACGAGGUCAGCGCAGUUGGAGAAAUCAUUGCACCCGAUGACAUCCUUGAGCUUCGAGCCAGUCUGCUAGAGACUCAAGGCUUGAUUCGACAGGCCGAAUUGACAAUUAACGAUCGGGGCGACUUGAGCGAGCUGCAGGACAGCCGCCGGGAGGAGCUGGAACAGAAGCUGAACGAGGUUCAGCGGGAAUACGAAGACCUAUUGACCCGAAACUUGGACGAGAAUGACGUGGAAGAGAUUCGGGAGCGGGUGGAAAAAUCGUUCAUCGGUCGUAAGGAAGCCGAGAGCGCGGCAGUCGAGGAACUCCGCACUGCAAUCACUCGCAAGGAUGAAGAGUUGACCAAGAUGCGACAAUCUCUUGUUGACACGCAGUCCCGAACGUCCACCAAUGGCACCGCCAGCAAGACAUUACACCAACAGAUUGCCGAAUUCGAUGCCAUGAAGAAGUCCCUAAUGCGGGACUUGCAGAACCGCUGUGAGCGUGUGGUGGAGCUGGAAAUCUCUUUGGACGAUGCCCGCGAGCAAUACAACAAUGUUCUACGAUCAUCCAACAACCGGGCCCAGCAGAAGAAGAUGGCCUUCCUAGAACGCAACCUAGAGCAGCUGACUCACGUUCAGCGCCAAUUAGUGGAACAGAACAGUAGCUUGAAGAAGGAAGUGGCCAUUGCAGAGAGGAAGCUCAUUGCACGGAACGAGCGCAUCGCUAGUCUGGAGAGUUUGCUUCAGGAGAGCCAGGAGAAGCUGACCCAAGCGAAUCACCGAUUCGAAGCCCAACUCACCGCUGUCAAAGAACGCCUGGAGGCCGCCAAGCAAGGCUCCACCCGCGGUCUGCCAGUCAUGGACAGCAAUGGUAGUUUCAGCUUUGGCAGGAUCGCAAAGCCUCUAAGGGGAACCGGAGGGUCGGAGGCUGUGAAUGCCGAGAAGAUGUCGCAAGAAACAAAGAGAAGUAGUUGGUUCUUCAACGGAAAAGCAUCUCAGACUUGA